AUGGCCGAUAGGUUAAUACAGCUGCAAGAUGCAGUUACUUCGCUUGCGGAUCAGUUUUGCAAUGUAAUUGGGGUCCUGCAGCAGUGUGCACCACCUACAUCUUUCACCAACAUACAGACAACAAUAAAUAAAGAUCAGCCAUCCAAUCCAACAGAAGAAUAUGCACAGCUUUUUGCUGCUUUGAUAGCUAGAACUGCAAAGGACAUUGAUGUUUUGAUUGACUCUUUGCCCAGUGAAGAGUCAACUGCUGCACUACAGGCGGCUAGUCUCCGUCAACUGGAGGAAGAGAACCAUGAAGCUGCGUUACGCCUUGAAGAGGUUGUAAAUCGGGGAGAUAUGCUGCUGGAGAAGAUACAGAGUGCUUUAGCAGACAUAGCUCAGUCCCAGCUGAGAACAAGAAGUGGAGCUCCAAGUCACCAAGUGAUUGAUUCAUGAGCACAGGGGCAAGAAUGUCCUUCUCUGCAAAAGACUUAGCUUUUUAUAGAGCCUUCAGACUUUCACAAAUAAAUAGCAUUAUGA